AUGCCCAACAGCUACCAAAAUGUUCUGGCUUUCAUGUUUGCCAUUGAGGAGAUCAAUGGGAAUCCCCAUCUUUUACCCAACGUGUCUCUGGGCUAUGAGUCCCACAACACCCUUUACAAUGAUGGGAAUACGGUGCCGAAUGUCCUCAUUUUGCACACGGGACAGCGCGGGAUUCCUAACUACGCCUGUGGGAGCGAGAGCAGGGCUGUAGCACUGCUAACAGGAACGUCCUGGGCCACAGCUGCCCAAAGCGGACCCCUGCUGGAGCUCUACAAGUUCCCUCAGCUGACCUUUGGCUCUUUUGACCCUAUCCUGAGUGACCAUGGCCAGUUUCCUUCUCUCUAUCAAGUGGCCCCAAGGGAGUCGUCUCUGCCCCAAGGCAUGGUGUCCUUGAUGCUUUAUUUCAGCUGGAGCUGGGUGGGGCUGGUCAUUACAGAAGGCUCCAAAGGGCUUCAGUUCCUCUCAGAUGUCAGAAUAGAGAUGGACAGGAACAGAGUCUGUGUGGCAUUUGUGAAAAUGAUCUCAAAUCACGCUGAGUCAUAUAUCAUGCAUACACAGCACCAUGAAUUCUUGGCUGGAGAAUCAUCCGCUGCAAACGUGGUCAUCGUUUACUAUGAUCCUGAGAGUCUAAACGAUGUGAACUACAAUAUAGGGCUCCACUUAGUGACAUGGAGAGUCUGGGUCACAAACUCACAGUGGCAUACGGACAUGACUGGCCAAAAGUUCAUCCUUGACUCAUUCCACGGGACAAUCAUUUUUUCAAAUCACCGCGAGGAGAUUUCUGCCUUUGAACAUUUUCUCCAGAUGGCGGAUCCCUCCAGGUACCCAGGAGACACUUUCUUCCGUCGCUAUUGGUACUGGACUUUCAAGUGCUUGAUCUCUGAUUCCGACUGCGCCUUGCUGGGCUGCACAGCCAACGCCUCCUUGGCGCGGUUGCCUGCGAAUCGUUUUAACCCAGCCAUGAGUGACGCGAGUUACAAUAUAUACAAUGCUGUGUAUGCGGUGGCCCGCGCCCUCCAUGAGAUGCUCCUCCAAGGUCAAAUGCAGCCGGUAGGAAGUGGGGAAAGGAGCACAUUCUCCCCUUGGCAGCUGCAUCCCUUUCUGAGGAGCAUCCAGUUUAACAAUCCUACUGGAGACAAUGUGAAUUUGGAUAAGAAAAUAAAACUGAACACAAAGUAUGACAUUCUCAACUUUUGGAAUUUUCCAGAAGGCCUAAGACUGAAGGUGAAAGUAGGAGAGUUUUCCUCUCAUGUACCACAAGGUCAACAAUUGUCUUUGUCUCAGGAGGUGAUACAGUGGGCAAUGGGCAAGACAGAGACUCCCCGCUCGGUGUGCACUGAGAGCUGCAGUUCUGGGUUUAGGAAAAGCCCUCAGGAGGGAAAGCCUGCCUGCUGCUUUGAUUGUACGCCUUGUCCAGAGAAUGAGAUCACCAAUGACACAGCAGAUAUGGAGCACUGUGUGAAGUGUCCAGAUCAUCUAUAUGCCAACCUUCAGAGAAAUUCCUGCCUUCAAAAAGCUGUGAUAUUUCUGGCUUAUGAAGACCCCUUGGGAAAGGCUCUGGCUGGCACUGCCCUGAGUCUCACUGUCCUCACAACUGCGGUUCUUGGAGUCUUUGUGAAGCACCGAGACACUCCCAUUGUCAAGGCCAACAACAGGGCUCUCAGCUAUACCCUGCUCAUCUCCCUCACCUGCUGUUUCCUCUGCUCCUUGCUCUUCAUUGGCCGGCCCAACACAGCCACCUGCAUCCUGCAGCAGACCACAUUUGGAGUUGUGUUCACUGUGGCUGUUUCCACUGUCUUGGCCAAAACCAUUACUGUAGUACUGGCCUUUAAGGCCACUGCUCCAGGCAGAAGGAUGAGGCAGUUGCUGGUGUCAGGGGCACCAAAUUACAUCAUCCCUAUCUGCUCCCUGAUCCAACUCACUCUCUAUGGAGCCUGGAUGGGGACAAAUCCACCCUACAUUGACACAGAUGUGCACUCUGAGCAUGGCCACAUCAUCAUCGAGUGCAACAAGGGCUCCCUCACUGCCUUCUACUGUGUCCUGGGAUACCUGGGCUCCCUGGCCCUGGUGAGCUUCACUGUGGCUUUCCUGGCCAGGAACCUGCCUGACACCUUCAAUGAAGCCAAGUUCCUGACGUUCAGCAUGCUGGUGUUCUGCAGCGUGUGGGUCACCUUCCUGCCCAUGUACCACAGCAGCAAGGGGAAGGCCAUGGUGGCCAUGGAGGUCUUCUCCAUCUUGGCCUCCAGUGCAGGGCUUCUGGGCUGCAUCUUUGUCCCCAAGUGCUACAUUAUUUUUUUCAGACCAGAGAGAAAUUCUAUUCAAGGGUUUAUAAAUGAAACUCAGUAUUGGAGAAAGAAACCUUAA